AUGAAAGACGAUACGGAGCUUGGUCAAUCAGAGCCCGUCGCUGCGAACGGCUUGCUCGAAGCCCUAGGCUAUGAGCCUGAGCUCACCAGGAACCGUUCAACUCUUCAGGUAGCCUUCAUGUCCUUCGUUCUCGCAUCCAUCCCUUAUGGAUUAGCUACCACUUUCAUAUAUCCCCUCGUGGGAGGUGGCCCUGUGAAUAUCAUUUGGGGCUGGUUGAUUGUUUCAAUAAUUAUCCUCUGUGUUGCACUAUCUCUUGGUGAGAUUACUUCUGUAUAUCCCACCGCUGGUGGCGUCUACUACCAGUCCUUCAUGCUGUCUCCACCAUCCUGUCGCCGAAUUAUUGCCUGGAUCUGUGGCUGGGCAUAUGUGGUAGGAAACGUCAUGAUAACUCUUGCUGUGAAUUUUGGCUCAGCCCAAUUUCUCAUUGCUUGCGUGAACGUUUUUGAGGUUUCACCUGGAGUCGGGGUUUUUGAAGCUACAGCAUACCAGACAUUCCUGAUCUUCCUGGCCAUUACCCUUCUAUGCAAUGCAGUCUCCUCCAUGGCGAACAAGUGGUUACCUUAUAUUGACACAUUUGCCAUCUUUUGGACUUUCGCUGGAGUCCUCGCUGUUGUCAUCUGCACCUUGGUCGUUGCCAAGAACGGUAGACACGAUGCUGAAUAUGUGUUUGGAAACUUUGAACCUCAAUCAGGCUGGCCCGUUGGGUGGUCCUUCUGUGUUGGCCUUCUACAGGCUGCGUAUACAACAUCCUCGACCGGAAUGGUUAUCUCCAUGUGUGAGGAAGUCCAACAUCCAUCGAAGCAAGUACCAAAAGCCAUUGUUGGUACUGUCAUCUUGAAUACCCUCGCUGGAUUCCUAUUCCUCAUUCCCCUGGUAUUUGUACUCCCCGACAGCCAAGAAUUGAUUGCCCUUGUGUCAGGUCAGCCAGUCCCAACUAUUAUGAAAUCUGCUGUUGGUAACUCGACGGGCGCAUUUCUCCUCUUGCUGCCCCUGAUUGUUCUUGCCCUCAUUUGCGGUAUUGGAUGUACAACUACAGUUUCGCGAUCUAUUUGGGCAUUUGCACGAGAUGGCGGUAUUCCAUACUCUAGCAAGUGGAGGCAAGUGAACAAAAGCCUAGACGUUCCCUUCAAUGCUAUGAUGCUAGGUAUGGUAGUGGAGAUUGCUCUUGGACUGAUCUAUUUUGGCUCCACCACUGCUUUCAACGCCUUCUCUGGGGUAGGCGUCAUUACCUUGACCGUCAGCUACGCAUGCCCCAUAGCAGUGUCCUUCAUGGGUGGCCGUAAGCAGAUCAAGCAUGGCGACUUUGAUCUGGGCAAAUUAGGAGCGGUGUGCAAUGUCGUAGCCUUAGCUUGGAGCGUACUGGCUGUUCCCCUAUUCUGCAUGCCCUCUGCGAUUCCAGUCACCGCAGAAACCGUCAACUAUGCCCCCGUGGUCUUCGUCGCAUUUAUCCUUAUUGCUACCGUUUGGUACUGGGCCUGGGGAUACAGGAAAUACGUUGGACCACCCACAGUCAAUGACGCCGUGAUUGAUAUUCGUUUCUCGCGCGAGUAA